AGCCUUUGCGUUAGGACAAGGUGCUAGAAGUGGCAGAGCGAAAGAAAAGGCUCGAGCGCUAGAGCGGAAAAUCAUAGCAAGCUACAGUAACUGUCCAUUCAUACGGAGACUUGUAGCAUCUGUCAUCAUAUCAGUAUAAAACAAAACCUGAGCCCUGAAGUCAAUUUGGAGCACUCUACUAUCCGAAAGAAUGCAGCUUGGCCAGUCAACCCGGUGGGAGUGACCGAUAAGGAUGGGCCAAAGAAGCAGAGCCCACUGGUGAGGAGUGGUGGAGAGGCCAAACAGAACCAUAGCGACUAAACUACGCCGAGUGCCACCAUGCCCCGCCUCCCCUCCUGAACUCUCCUCCGACUCAGUCCCUUCCACUCCCUCUCCCUCACACACAGAUACAGUCGAGCUGCGGGUCACGCUCGCUAUGGCCUCGGCCUACCUGUGGAAGCUGUCGUCCCAGAAGCUGGGCUUCUUCCUGGUGAGCUUUGGCUUCAUCUGGGGCAUGAUGCUGCUCCACUUCACUAUCCAGCAGCGGGCCACGCACGAGAGCAGCACCAUGCUGCGACAGCAGAUCCUGGAGCUCAGCAAGCGCUACAUCAAGGCCCUGGCCGAGGAGAACCAGAGCGUCAUGGACGGGCCCUACGUGGGAACCAUGACGGCCUAUGAUCUGAAGAAGACCCUGGCGGUGCUCCUGGACAAUAUCAUGGUACGGCUGGGCAAGCUGGAGUCCAAGGUGGAGAACAUCUACAACGGCACGGGGGCUAACCUGACCAAUGGCACCAGCACGGUCACGCCCAGCGCCUCCAAUGCAGAGAAGGUCAACGUGGCAGAUCUGCUGAACGGCGCUCAGGAGAAAUGUGAGCUUCCCCCCAUGGACGGCUUCCCUCACUGUGAGGGCAAAGUCAAGUGGAUGAAGGACAUGUGGCGGUCAGACUCAUGCUACACCAACUACGGCGUGGACGGCUCCACCUGCUCCUUCUUCAUAUAUCUCAGCGAGGUGGAGAACUGGUGCCCGCGCCUACCGUGGAGAACCAAGACAUUGAAUGAGGAGGCCGACCGGAGGGGCCAGACGGAGAUCCGGACGAGCUUCGAGGAGCUAUAUCGGGUCAUGUCUCGGCGAGAAGAGUUCCGCUGGAUGAUGCUCCGGAUCAAGCGCAUGGAAGACCCCUGGAUCAACGCCAUCCGCGCCCUGGCUGCCAAGCAGAACCUGGCCAAGCGCAAGAGGAAGAAGAUCCUGGUGCACCUGGGCCUGUUGACCAAGGAGUCGGGCUUCAAGAUUGCAGAGAACGCCUUCAGUGGGGGCCCCCUGGGGGAGCUMUUGCAAUGGAGUGACCUCAUCACCACCCUCUACCUGCUGGGCCACGACGUACGCAUCUCCGCCUCCCUGGCCGAGCUCAAAGAGAUCAUGAGGAGAGUGAUGGGGAACAAGUCCAGCUGCCCCACCCAGGGGGACAAGGUGGUGGAGCUCAUCUACAUUGACAUUGUGGGCCUGACCCAGUUCAAGAAGACACUGGGGCCCUCCUGGGUCCACUAUCAGUGUAUGCUGCGGGUUUUGGAUUCCUUCGGSACAGAGCCCGAGUUCAACCACGCCCACUAUGCUCAAUCCAAGGGCCACAAGACCCCCUGGGGCAAGUGGAACCUCAACCCCCAGCAGUUCAACACCAUGUUCCCCCACACGCCAGACAACAGCUUCCUGGGCUUUGUGGUGGAGCAACACCUGAACGCCAGCGACAUCCGCCACAUUGACGAAGUCAAGCGGCAGAACCAGUCGCUGGUCUAUGGCAAGGUGGACAACUUCUGGAAGGACAAGAAGACCUACCUUGACAUCAUCCACACCUACACGGAGGUGCACGCCACCGUGCACGGUACCAGCACUGUGCACUUGCCCAGCUACGUGAGAAACUACGGCAUCCUGAGCGGCCGUGACCUGCAGUUCCUCCUCAGGGAGACCAAGCUAUUUGUUGGCCUGUCCUUCCCCUACGAAGGCCCUGCCCCCCUAGAGGCCAUAGCCAAUGGCUGUGCCUUCCUCAACCCCAAGUUCACCCCUCCCAAGAGCAGCAAGAACACAGACUUCUUCAAGGGCAAGCCCACCCUGAGAGAGUUGACCUCCCAGCACCCAUAUGCUGAGGUGUAUAUUGGCCAGCCCCACGUGUGGACGGUGAACAUCGACAACCCUGCGGAGGUGGAGAGAGCCAUCCGCUCAAUCCUCAGUCAGAAGAUCGAGCCCUACCUGCCCUAUGAGUUCACCUGUGAGGGGAUGCUGCAAAGAGUCAACGCCUUCAUUGAGAAUCAGGAUUUCUGCCAUGGUCAGGUGAUGUGGCCUCCCCUUAGUGCUCUGCAGGUGAAGCUGGCUGAGCCGGGGAGCUCCUGUAAGCAGGUGUGUCAGGAGGAGCAGCUCAUCUGCGAGCCCUCCUUCUUCCAGCACCUCAACAAGGACAAGGACCUGGCCCGGUUCGGCAUGGACUGCCAGACGGUGGAGUCGUCGGGCGACACGGUGGUGCCUGCGUACAGCGACGCACGUCACCACUGCGUCUUCCAGUCAGACCUGCUGCUGUUCAGCUGCGCCGGCGCCCACCCCUCCCUCAAACGCGUCUGCCCCUGCCGGGACUACAUGAAGGGCCAGGUGGCGCUGUGCAAAGGCUGCCUAUAGCCCCUGUCUGUCUGUCUGGGUGUGUGGAGAGGAUCGAACUGGAGUGGAUUGGACCCCGUACCCUUCCAGAGCGCUGCAGGGAAAUGGGGGGUUGGGGACCUCUAGCUCUGACCACUGACGGCUUGACUCCUCCCCCUAGCUCCUCCCACAGCCAGUCCUCUGGAGGGAGGAAGAGCAGCCUGGGAACUAGACAACCAUGAGACAUUUAUAUUAUUUGUGUUUUUAAUCGCCUGAACUUUGACCUUAAGGUAUUUUGAUCAGCUUGUCAGACAGACACAGAAUCGGCAGAAAACUGGAAAUUCAAACGGUGGACAGAGAGAGGCCAGUGAGCUAUAUACAUUACUCUGGGAACUAGGAAUGUCAAUGAAACAGUUUUCAGUAAGGCAUGGGAAAGGAGGGUACAGAAAAGAGACAUUGAGCAUCGGCCUGAAUUACUUGAAUCAAUGGGAGUAGCUGUAUAUUUGAGGCGGAGCGCAUGGCAACAGAGCUCCCUACUGCCCCUAGGCUGUGUGGCAGUGGGUGGUACUGCAGUCGGUGGCCCAGUGAAUCCACCCACUCUCUCUCCAAGCUUGUAGUCGCAUCGUGGGACCAACGAGCUGGUGUCGCCACACUCGGCAUGCUUUCCUUUCUGCCCCCUUUUAUCUUUGAACUCUUUGAGCUAUGUAGGUUUGCACUGGAGACCCAUAAGGGGUCGUCCCAGGCAAUAAGGCUCAAUGUCCACACUAGCAUACUACUUAAGAUGAAGCAAUGCACAGGGCAUGUAUUCUGAAUGGUAUGCGCCAAUGGAAAGUUGCCCAUAGAUCCUGAUCUAUGGUCAGUUUUUCUUUUCCCUUAUUUAUGGUUAAGGUCACGAUUGGGGGAAUGGAAGCUGAUCCUAAAUCUAUACCUAGGGGAAACUUCACCAAAAGAAAUGCUAGUGUGAAGCAGAGCCAGUUUUACACUGUAACUGUACCGCUCCCCAUAGUCGCGUCUAGACAGGGGAGUGGUCAGAUGUAGAUAUGUUGAUUUAAAUGUUCCAAAUUGCAAAUCACUUUUAGUCCUGAGGCAUUUUCCCUCGUGGUCAUUCCCAACUACAGCUCACAUGCUCCUCUGUAGCCCUGCAUGGUAGAUUGACCCUCAUGUUCCCAAUGUACAGACUAGAGGCUGAGUUUUCAGCUCGCACACAUUCACUGCCACACACGCCUGACUGACCAGUUGGGAUGUGCUGGGGAAAAGAGGUGUGUGCAAAAUAAUUGCCAGUAGCCAAUGAAAAUCAUAAUUUUUAAUUAAUCAAUUUCAAUCAAAUGUUUCAAGAAAUGAUUAUCAGGUCAGAUCAGUCACAUGCAAUAGCUACUUGACGGGGAGUCUGUGUGACACAGAUUAUAUAGUGUGGUACUGUUCUGUAAACAGUAGAACACCAUCAGAGAUGUAGUGGGAAAGGUCACCCAGGCAGAUCAAACAUCAGUCUUGCCUUGACCACAAUAGAUUUAUCUGAAAAAUAUUCUAAAUUAUUGAAGAUAUAUUGAUCAUGAAUAUUUGUAUUCUAGAUUUAAGUAUUUAUGUAUACACUAGACCGAAAGAUCACAUACAAACGUCAUUUCUAUGGCGGUACUGUACGUUAUAGCUCUUGACAGAGCAACACACACACCUGCACCUAGUUUUUCAUUUGGAGAUCGUUUAGGAUCCUAAUUUGCCUGCCAAUUUUUUAAGCGUCAAUAAAAGUUUGAAUUAGUAGUCCUUGUUGUGAAUGGAAAUAAUGCACUACUUUAAUCUAGUUAAUGAAGUUAAACAAAAUAUUACUAAUACUGUAUAUUCUUCAUAUGGGUUUUACGUUUUUUAAAUUUAUUUUGUAUACAGAUCUUUGUUUGCUGAAUUUCUUUUUAUUUAUAGAAAAGUUCUUUUUACAGAGGGUAAUUUUAUUUAUCGAAAAGUAAUAUAACGUGUACAUUCAAGUGGAUGGAUGAGACGGGAGUUGUUUGUCCAAUCUGACUCCUCCCUCCAGCAACAGUGAUGAGAGAAUGACAAAGAUAUCCAAAGGCUUUGGAAACAUGGCUGCAAAAGGCCAUGUAAAAACUUAGAAACUGGUCAAAAGUAGUACACUAUAUAGGGAAUAGGGUGUCAUUCAGACACACCUUGAGACCGUCCUCUUAGACACUGAUGAAAUGGACAGUAGUGACAGACGUCUCUUCUCAUCACUGUACUUUCGGGGUGAUGAUUACAUUUUGACAAAAGCAGCGCACACUUUAUUUGUUAUUGUAAAUGCCAGCAAGAACCUUGUGACGUUUUUAUUUUCAGGUCUUAAUGCAAACCAUUUGCACAUUUGUAAAUAUAGAUAUGUUGUCUUUCAGAUGGUCACUUACGUUUUAAGACUUGCUUUUUUCCCCCGUACUGUCCAGAUCAGUUUUUAUUAAGUUUGUGUAUACGAUCUGCAGCCAAGCUACCGUUAUAAAAAGUACAUGACGUGCCUUUUGAUGGUUAUUACUAGACUCCGCUUAUCGUACCUGCCCAAUACAUCUACCGGACCUAGUGCCAGAGAAAAUUGUUAGUUGAGUUCACUAGAAGGAUAAUGUUUCUUAUAACAUUAACAGUAAUUGUAUGUGUUGGACUAAGUGGUGAUGGUUAAAAAAAAUCUCUUAAUGCUAUUGUGGACAUGUUUACCGAAGGCUUUUAGUGGGGUAAAAUACAGCAUAUGAAAGCAUCUGCUUUUUUGUGGCAGUGGCCUUGUUCUACUUGUAUUAGAGUCAGACUUAUUUAGAGUAUGUUGUCAACUAUGUCUUUCCUUUCAUUGGUUAUUUAUAAAUGAGAGAUCUUGACAACCAAUAUAAAUAGCCUCUAUAAUUGUCUAUUUUAAAUUGGUUUGUCCUAAAAUAAUAGCUGAAAGGAAGAUGUGUUAUGGACAUGAGAAGAUUUCCUUAAGUAUCUUUAACCCAACAUCGAAAUGUUUCCGUUGUCAAAUCUGCAUUUGCAUUCAUACAUAUCCAUUAUGACUUAUUUUUUUCCAAUCUCAACCUUGUUUUAAGCUAUCAUGGAAAAGCUAAAGCAACGAUUAUUCUGGGACUAAAUUAUGACUGUACAAAAAACUAAACAUUCUGACGAAUAAGUGGAAUAUAACUUUAUUUUUCAAUAAACCUUUUUCUGUGACAAA